AUGCUGCUCGGAAAAAAAGUUCCUCAGAGAUGGAGCGGACGCUGAGGCGCUGAUAUCUGCACUUUUACACAUGAUAUUAAUCGCGAAAAGGAGAUUAAUUUGACGCGGACCCGCCAAGAACUUCGCCCUCUAACAUAUUCGCGCGGAUUUAAAACUUUUACGGAUCGAUUUCGCGAACUUUUUGAUUAGUUCUUGUCUCCGGGUGAAAAUGCCGCAGCCCGUUCGCGCUGUGAGCUUCGUGCUGCUCGUGUUUCACGUUACGGGAUUUAUUCGCUCGGAACCGGAGCCGUGUCCGUCUCGGUGCUCGUGUGCGGGAUCUGUGGCGGACUGCAGCGGCUUGAAGCGCGGCGGGAUCUCGGAGCGUCUGCCCGCGCGGAUCGCGCGUCUGGAUCUGAGCCGUAACAAGUUACGCACGUUUCCUGAAGCGCUGCUCACCAGCCUGCCGCAGCUCAGUGAAAUAAAACUGAGUAACAACGAGUUCGAGUCGAUCCCGGAUUUGGGGCCAAAUGCUGGAAACCUCAGCAGUCUGAUUCUAGCAAACAACAGGAUCUCGAGGAUCUCGGCAGAGCGGCUCAGUUCGCUGGUCGCCCUCGAGAUGCUGGACCUUAGCAACAACAAUAUUAUGGAGGUUCGCGCCGGGGCUUUUCCUCCUGUUCCUCUGAAAAACCUGUUGAUGAAUAAUAACCGUAUUUCCACGCUGGAGCACGGCUGCUUCAGUAAUCUGUCAAGCACGCUGCUGGUGUUAAAGCUCAACAAAAACCGUCUGAGCUCCAUCCCACCCAAGAUCUUUCCUCUACCGCACCUGCAGCACCUAGAGCUGAGCAGGAACCGCGUGAGGCGCAUCGAGGGUCUGACGUUUCACGAGCUUCACGGCCUGCGCUCGCUGAAGAUCCAGAGGAACGGCAUCACGCGGCUCAUGGACGGUGCUUUCUGGGGUCUGAACAACAUGGAAGUCCUGCAGCUGGAGUACAAUAACCUGACGGAGGUGAGCAAAGGCUGGCUCUACGGCCUCCUGACGCUGCAGCAGCUGUAUCUGUCACACAACGCCAUCAUCCGCAUCAAACCCGAUGCCUGGGAGUUCUGCCAGAAACUCGCCGAGCUCGAUCUGAGCUGGAACCAGUUGAGCCGUUUGGAGGAAGGCAGUUUCGUUGGACUCAGCGUCCUCAAGCAGCUCCACAUCGGAAACAACCGCAUCAGUUUCAUCGCUGACGGAGCGUUUCGAGGCCUCGCCAACCUGCAGGCUCUAGAUCUGAAGCAUAAUGAGAUCUCAUGGACCAUCGAGGACAUGAACGGCCCUUUCUCUGCUCUCGACAAUCUGAGGAAACUGUUUCUCCAAGGCAAUCGUAUCCGAUCGGUCACCAGGAAGUCCUUCACAGGCCUGGACCUGCUGGAGCAGCUGGACUUGAGCAACAACGCCAUCAUGUCGGUUCAAGCCAACGCUUUCUCUCAGAUGAAGAAGCUGGCAGAGCUGCACCUGAACACAUCCAGCCUGCUGUGCGACUGCCAGCUCAAGUGGUUUUCUCCGUGGGUGGCCGAACACGCUUUCCUUCCUCUGGUGAACGCCAGCUGCGCCCAUCCACAUCUGCUGAAGGGCAGAAGCGUUUUCACCGUCGCCCACGAUGAGUUUGUGUGCGGUGACUCGGCGGCCAGCUCCAGCGACUCCCCGAUGACCUUCGCCUGGAAGAAAGACAACGAGAUCCUGAACGACGCAGAGAUCCAUAACCAGGCUCAUCUGCGCUCUCAGGUCAGCGAGGUCACGGAGUACACGACCACUCUGCAGCUGCGCCACGUGGAGUUCACUAGUGAGGGCAGAUACCAGUGCGUCAUCUCCAACCACUUCGGCUCCUCGUACUCCACCAAAGCCAAGCUCACCGUCCACAUGCUGCCGUACUUCACCAAAAUGCCGAUGGACCUGACGAUCCGCGCCGGAGCCACCGCGCGACUGGAGUGCGCCGCUAGCGGACACCCGUCUCCUCAGAUCGCCUGGCAGAAGGACGGAGGCACGGAUUUCCCUGCGGCCCGCGAGCGGCGGAUGCACGUCAUGCCGAGAGACGACGUGUUCUUCAUCGUGGACGUGAAGACGGAGGACGUCGGCGUUUACAGCUGCACUGCGCAAAACACCGCCGGCGCCGUCUCUGCUAACGCUACGCUAACAGUGCUGGAGACGCCGUCGUUCCUGCGUCCGCUGAUGGACCGUGUGGUGGUGAAGGGCGAGACGGCGGUGCUGCAGUGUAUCGCGGGCGGCAGUCCUCCGCCUCGACUCAACUGGACCAAAGACGACAGUCCGCUGCAGGUGACGGAGCGACACUUCUUCGCCGCCGGGAACCAGCUGCUGAUCAUCGUGGACGCCGCGGACGCAGACGCAGGAACCUACACCUGCGAGAUGUCCAACCCGCUGGGCACGGAGCGAGGGAACCUGCGUCUGACCGUCAUGCCCAACCCAAACUGUGACUCGGGGCCGGCAGCCGGCGGGGCCCUGGGGCCGGAGGAGGACGGCUGGACUACGGUGGGCAUCGUGAUCAUCGCUGUGGUGUGCUGCGUGGUGGGAACCUCGCUGGUGUGGGUCGUGAUCAUCUAUCACACGCGCCGACGCAACGAGGACUGCAGCGUCACCAACACGGAUGAGACGAAUCUUCCGGCGGACAUCCCGAGCUAUCUGUCGUCUCAGGGAACGCUAGCGGAGCAUCAGGAUGGAUUCAUGGCAUCUGAGAGCGGCAGCAGCCUUCAGUACAUCAGCUCCUCCUCGGGAGGAUUUUACAUGUCACCCAAAGACAUCAACAGCCUCUGCCAGCUGGACACAGGAAGUGAUGCGGACAUGGAGGCGGCGAUCGACCCCCUGCUGUGCCAUUAUCAGGGGCCUGUGGGUUCACUGCUGAGACGGAGCAACCGCUGCAGCCCCGAUCUGCCCGACACGUACAGCGCGUGUGCGUCAGAGCAGUGGCCCGUCGGUGUCACUUCCUCCUGCAGCAGGAAGCGUGAGUUCUACACCUGCAGCUCCGCCCUCGAGCCCUUCGAUCACAUGAUGAUGCAGAUGGGGGACACUUCCUGUGUGGAGGACUGUGAGAGAGGAGAGUGUGUUCUGGGCUCCUCGGGGUCAUAUAUGGGUACGUUUGGGAAAGCGCCGUGGCGGCCGCAGCAGGAGCUCUGCGCUCAUAACGCCGUCAUUCUUCACGAGAAUCCGUACGCAGCGCUUCACGCCGACUCAGACCUGGACGAGGAGCACGCGAGCGUUUACGAGCAGCCGUUCGAUCUCAGGACGAUAGAGAGCUUUCCCACGUCACCGCUGGGCUCUUAGCGCCGCCACCAAAACCCAGAAACGCUCUUCUCAAGAAAGGAGCUACGACUGAAUGUAAAUGACACGUUUGUACAGAAAAACAGAUUAUAUGCAUUUUAUACGAAAUUAUAUUUUGUAAAUUAAUAGUGUAAAUAUGACCCUUAUUUUUCCUACUCUUUUCCUGUAAAUGUACGUCGGAGUCAGAUAUACUAGUUAACUGUGGGUUGUUUAAUCCAGAUCUGUUUAUGAUUAUUCUGCUUUGGCUUUUGCUUUAAAUAAAGCACCGUUUGCACAAACUAGUACACAAUAAACAUUCCAGUGAGCUGCUACACGCG